AUGGAGGUCAUGGUGGAACAAAUCGUCGUGCCCAGAUGGGAUUCACAUAGACCUUCACGCCGGAGCUUAAAACCCACGUCCAAACCUUCAAGUUCUGCCCCUAACCCUGCAAAGGCAAGGGGUUUAUCGAAGCAAAAUGAGAAACUCUUUGCUCUGUACCUCGAAUCGAAAGAACUCUUCUAUCGGUCGGCGUUGGCCAGAAGAUUCGAGGCCAUGCUUCAUGCCAAGAGCCGGCCGAGGAUAAAUAAAAUCGUAUCCCUGGGUCUGGGAAGUCUCGGCGCAUCAAAAGAUCAACCACGUCGGAUGAAACAGCUUGCGAUCUUCAUGGCCAUUGCCUCACAUAUCCAAGCGACUUCCGAAAGACAGUUCCAGAUCCCUUUAUACGCCCAAGAUCCUAGCUUUACAAAGACGGACGAGGACUUUCUCAAUUUUCUUGGUGUUCAUGUACUCAGAACCCCGGAGGCUUCUGAUCUUGGGGAGGCGGGGCAAAUGAUCGACGGGGAAACUCUUAUAUAUAGUCCGUUCUUGACUAUUGAGGCGUACGGGAGAUUAUUCGCUGCUGCACAAAAGAAGUCAGAGAAAGCCAAGUCCUUGGAAAGAAUAGCGCCAGUGCUUAUCGGGGAUGAUUUCAACGCGCUGAAACUGAAAUGGGAGAAACGGACCGCGGAGCAUAGAAAUGUCGAAUCAUUGAUGAGGGGCUUGAAGGAAAGAAGUUACCAGCGGAGAGUGAUUAGUGGUGAAGGGUUCUGGACGGAAUCAGAUAAUCCGUUCCCUAUGGCACUCUACUGGAGACAGCUGGAGAGAACAUUAGAAGGUGCCGAGGCCACUGCACCGCUGAAAGGAAAGCUAUAG